AUGCGACAGGCGUUCUGCCAGGAGCUGGAGUCAUGGAUUACAAGUGGUUGGCUUGUACCUCACGAUGAGCAGCAGCACGGGGCACCUCGGGGGCUUCUACCGCUCAUGGCAGUGCGGCAGAACAAUGGCGGUAAGGUGCGGCCCGUACUCGAUUACCGUGAGCUAAAUGACUGCGUGAUUGCCUUCACUGCCGACAGCGACGUAUGCUCUGACCAACUAAGGAAGUGGCGCCGGCAUGGAGAGAACGUGUCCGUCCUCGACCUACGCAAGGCGUAUCUACAGGUGCGUGUAGAUCAGCAGUUGUGGCCUUUCCAGACCGUGAUGGUGAGAGGUUGGCGGUACUGCUUAACGCGCCUUGGAUUUGGCCUCAACAUCGCUCCACAAGUUAUGAAAGCAGUUGUCAAGACCAUCCUGGCUCAAGACUCUAAGAUCGAACAAGCAGUCUUGCCGUACGUAGACGACCUGCUCGUGAAUGAAGACCUGGUCAGUGCAGAGCAGGUUGCUGCACACUUCGCGAGUUACGGGCUGGAGUGUAAACAGCCAGUCCGUGUGGCGGACGGGGCACGCUUGCUGGGUCUACGCAUACGUCCGGUGAACGGGGAACUGCAAUGGACGCGAGACAACGCAGUUGCCGCGCCACCGAAACAAGUGACCCGCCGUGCAGUGUUUGCGUGGUGCGGGCGACUGAUCGCUCAUUUGCCGGUGGGCGGCUGGCUGCGACCGGCAGAGGCAUGGAUAAAACGGCAGGUGAACGCUAGUACCCGGGGCUGGGACGACGCGCUGUGCGAGCAGAUGGAGUACGUGUCAAGCAGGCUGUCCAAAGAAGAUCCGUGCUGUGGGCAAUGGUGCGUGCAUGGAGACCAGGCAGUGGUGUGGACCGACGCCAGCUCUAUCGCUGCCGGUGUUGUUGUGGAAACACCGCAAGGAGCUGCCAUCGAGGACGCAUGCUGGAUUAGAAGAGAUGAGAGCUCCCACAUUAACAUGGUUGAGCUGGACGCAGCAGUUCGUGGCGUCAAUCUGGCCAUCGCGUGGGGCAUGCGAACCAUCGAUCUGCGAACAGAUUCUGCGACUGUCUACCGCUGGAUUGACGAUGCGCUGAGUGGCCGGGCACGUCUUCGCACCAAGGCUCAUGGGGAGAUGCUGAUUCGCCGUCGGGUAGAUGUCAUCCGGCAGCUGGUGACGGAACUUGAGCUGGUCAUGUCUGUGACGCUCGUACGCUCCUCAGAGAACCGCGCCGACGCCCUCACGCGAGUCCCAGGGGAGUGGGUGCGAGGUGACAAAGACGGAUCGGCACACGUGCUACUGUGCGGCAGUGUGAGGUGUGCUGGGGCGUGUCGCUGCACUUCAGAGGGGCAUACGGCAUCUGGUAACGGCAUCGUGGAAAGGAACCAUCGCACGGUGAAGGUGAUAGCAGCGAGGAAGGGCUGCUCCGUUGCUGAGGCAGUCCACCUGUACAACGUGACGCCCCGGGACGGGGAAACUGUGGCAUCAGCUCCCGUGAGUGGUAUUUACCGGUACCGAGUACGAGACUGCGUGCGGCACGAUCAGGUACAGCGUGCCGUUCACACCUCCCCUGAUGUUGCAAGGAAGAACUACACGGUUGACGAUGCAGUGUGGGUUCGGAGGCGGGGCGAGCGCUGCACCUCAGCAUCGCAGCCCGGCGUCGUCACCAGGGUGAACUCGCCGCAGGUGGUAGAGGUUGAUGGAGUCCCACGACACGUCAGGGACUUGAGACACCGCAGCAGCCUCUCAGUGAACGAAGCUGGCACUCCAGAUGAACCGGGAGUAGAAGAUGAACCCCCGCUUCAUGUUGACGCGCAAAGCCAGCUGCUGCAGCCGCAGGUGGCUGAACCCCCACCUGAGGCACGACGAAGCCGUGCUUCGAAGGAGUACCCGUGA